AUGGUCUCCCUCGCUCUCAUGGCUGUCUAUUCCGCUCCUGGUGUCACUCAGAUUUUCGAACACGAAAUUCCCACUUCCAAUGCCGAACCGCUCGCUGCAAAACAGGCCCACCUUACAGCCCUACAGACCCUCGUCCCACAACUGCAGGACCAAGUCAAUGUCUACCUGACCGCACGCAUGGAGGAAGACAAGGGCAAGAUCUCAGAGAAAGAUGCCAAGGAGGAGGCAAACUACGGCGAAGAAGUGGUGGAAGAGGAUGCAUGA